AUGGAGACGGGCAGGAGCCGCGGCGGCGGCGGCGGCGCGGCUGUCAGCGAGCGCGGCGGCGGCGGCGCGCGCGCAGGGGUCUGCAGGAGGCAGGAGCAGGCCGGGGCCCUCGCCGCAGACAUGGACUCGCAUUGUGAGUGCGCCGCGGAGACGCCCGCCGCAGAGCCGCCGUCGGGGAAGAUCAAUAAGGCUGCGUUCAAGUUAUUCAAGAAGAGGAAAUCGGGGGGCACCAUGCCCAGCAUUUUUGGGGUCAAAAACAAAGGGGAUGGGAAGAGCGCGGGGCCGGCGGGGAUGGUGAGAAGCAGGACCCACGACGGACUAGCGGAGGUACUGGUGCUGGAGGGCAGCAAGAAGGAGGAGCCGCCCGGCGGGGGCGAUCACGGUGGGGCCCGGCCAAACCCCGGACCCCCCAAAACCUCCGGGCCUGGCCUGGGCUCCCUGGCCAGCAGCUCGGUGGCCAAGUCCCACAGCUUCUUCUCCCUGCUGAAAAAGAACGGGCGAUCGGAGACCGGCAAGGGAGACCCUGCCGAGGCGAGCAAGGCUGGCGGCAAACAAAAGAGGGGGCUGAAAGGGAUCUUCAGCAGCAUGCGCUGGCACCGGAGGGACAAGCGCGGCAAGGAGGAGGAGGAGAAGGCGGCGCGCGCGGCGGGCCCGGGCAGCCUAGUCCUGCCCGGCUCGCUCACCGCCAGCCUGGAGUGCGUCAAGGAGGAGCCGCCCCGAACCGCGCGCCGCCCGGACAGCCCGGGCCAGGACGCCCCGCGACACGCAGCAGGUGAGCCCGAAGGGGGAGAGCAGGCGCCCGAGCCCGCCGAGCGCGUCCCGGCGCGGACCUGCCUCGAGGCCGCGAGCCCCGCCGGCCCUGGCGACCAAAGCGCCCGGGGAGAGGACGCCGAGGGGCAUUGGCGCGCGGAGAAGCCCGGGGCAGCCCUCGAGUCGGGAGCUGGUGAGGUCCAGGCGGCCGAGGAUGCUUCCAGGACAGGCUGUGGAGAUAUUAUUGCAGACCCAGAAGAAGAGGCAGGCCCCAGCUGUGACAAGCAUGCCCCCGGGCCAGGCAAGCCAGUGCUCUCUAAAAAGAACCCCAGCGAGGUGGCCUACCAAGGAGGAGGGGAGGAGAUGGCCAGCCCAGAUGAGGUGGACGACACCUAUCUCCCGGAAUUCUGGGACAUGUUGUCCCAGACCGAGGACCAAGGACAAGGGCCCCAAAAGGGCGCAGCGAAGGCGGCCACUUCUUCAGACACCAAGCUGGCCCCUGAGACCUCCAAUGAUGCCCGGUGCGGGGAAGUAGCCAAGGACGUGUCCUCUGUCAAGCGCAGGAGGAUCCACAGGAUCCCCAUUGAUCCUCAGCAGAAGGAGGAGCCCAAGCACCCAGAGAAGGAGCAUCAAGAAGGAGUCCCUAACAGCGACGAGGGCUACUGGGACUCCACCACUCCUGGUCCAGAAGAAGAUAGCGCCAGCAGCAGUAAGAAGGCCGUCAUUCCCAGGGAUAGCGACAGUGGGGAUGCCCUCUAUGAUCUCUACGCUGAACCCGAAGGAAGCCCAGCUGCAGUUCCUGCCACGGAGGACCCACCUUGCUUGUCCCGGCUAAAGCCGGUGUCUCCAGGCACCAUCACCUGUCCACUGAGAACACCAGGCAGCUUGCUGAAGGACUCUAAAAUCCCUAUUAGCAUCAAACAUCUCUCCAACCUUCCGUCCAGCCAUCCUGUGGUGCACCAGCAACCAGCCAGGAGUGAGAUGCCCAGAACAAAAAUCCCUGUUUCCAAAGUGCUGGUCCGCAGGGUCAGCAACCGGGGUUUGGCUGGGACCACCAUCAGGGCAGCAGCAUGCCAUGACAGUGCCAAAAAGUUGUGA